CGAAAGACAACUCAAGGCGGUGGUAUACUGUGCAGAUGAUAUGCAGUUAGUGCUAGAGAUGGUACCUCUACCGUGCAACAAGGACGUGAUAUGGCAUUCAAGACACCCGGCGUUCUAGCUGCAUCUUCGUCGCUGUUCAUCAAUGCCUAUCUCGACCGACAGCGACCCCGCGAUGGUGUCUGGAGCUUCUCGAACGGCCCAGAGCGACGGCGCAUCAAGAGCCGUGCUUUGGUUGUGUGCGAACAGCGGCAGAAACAGAUGGACUCGUCCUGGCGCAAGCAGGAUUCCGGACUCGAGCCGAAGCCGCGCGUCCUGUUCCUCGUACGUGCGGUUUGUCCAACCCACGCACAAUUGCGACGCAUGCUUCAAUGGCGCCAAGAUUGCAAGACAUGUACUGCACUAGAUGUUGACUUUGUGUGCAGCGUUGAUGUCACGCACAACCGGUUGUUUCGUGCGGCGCGAGCGGAGCGCUUGCGCGAGGAUCCGAUACAAGCAGAGUACUACAGACCAAAGCAAGCCGCGGCAGGCGGGUCAGGAAGUGAAAAACCAGCAGAAACUGCAAGUGAUGUGAAAAAGCAGAAUGGCGAGGAGAAGCCUCCUGUCGUGCUUCCUCCUCAGCAUCAACUGCAGGGAUUUCCCCAUCAAGAAAUCGCAAAAACCACAAAAGAUCAAGAGGAAAAAAGUGGUCAAGACUCCGAAGACGAAGAUCGAGAUUUCACUACCGACAUUCUUCCGAGCCACGCGCAGCUGCGGUGUGUGUUAGGGAAAGAUUUGCACGAGUACAACUGUAUCGACAUCGAAUUUGGGACCUCGUACGGCCACGGCUGGACUGAGAUGCGCCGGCACAUUCACGGGUUUCAGGGCACGGUUCCAGGACGCCGAGGCUGCUGUUCCUGGGCCUGGGGCAUGCACAACGAGUGCGUCCUAGACGCGAUUAGGUGGCGGGUGGGGGAGAAGGGCCGUGCGGGGAAGCUGGGUGGGGCGGUUCUGCCUGUUGCGCACCUCAGGGAUUUAGCAUCACCACGGACCUCCAACACGCAAGCUAAGUCUACCGCUAAUCCUGGUACACGACCAGUGGAAGGUCUUUCGUUCCAAGAAGCAGCUACCAAACGCAGCACCACCGAUCUGUCCGAAGCAGUACUCACGUAUUACGACCAGAUUUGGCUCUUCGAGGAGGACGUUGGCUGGUCGGGCGAAAACGUCGUGCGGGACUUGAUUGAAAAGUACUACGAAGACCCAUCGGAUUUGCUCACCGCGUGGUACGAAUACUACGAAGAGCAGACGCCGCCAAAGUGGUGCUGGCGCACCUCCCGGACCGCCGCGUUCACGCGCCGCACGGACGGUCUCCACCGCGGCCGGGCCUCGUCCUGCGAGCACGUGCAGCGCUUCAGCAAACGCUUUCUGCAGGAACUGGCGGAGUGGGCGGCCGCCGGGGCCGUCGCGUGGAGCGAGAUGAGUACGCCCACGGUGUGUCUGGCGGGCAUGGAAAGGAAAGAGAAACCGCUGCUGUGUGGUCUCUUCGGGCACGACACCGUUGGAGAGGUUUUCAGCUGGGACGGGCGGUUGUCCGAAGCCGCCUGGAAAAACGUGGUCGAACGCGACGCGAAAAAGGGCUCCGGGUAUGAUGGCAAGGGGAAAAUGUACCACGCGCUGAAGUGGUGAAAAAAACGACAACGUGCUAAUGCGAAAGUGAAAUAUGCGCGCAUAAAAAGUUGACAACCGGGAUGCGAUAUUUAUCACGGUUGUAAAAGAGCAACUCUGAGUAGUUUUCGCCUGAGGGGCAGUUACUAACUUCCUUGUCGGUCUUCACCAAACUGGAC